UUCAAGGGUUUGUUUUGUUUGUUGUAUUCUAUUUAUGUAGUUUCUAAUUAUUUCUUCUCUAUCUUUCUCUAAUGGAUUUGUGGUGUGUUCUUGUUGCAGCUUCCUUUGCUGAGCAUGGAAAUGAUGUUCUUAUUCUUCCACUUUUCUCUCUUUAUAUGAUGGAUAGUUUGAUUGUGAGGAUAAUAGUGAAGAUUACAAUAACAAUAAUAAAUCUGGGUUUGUUUUUGUGAUGGGAAGUAAUAGCAGAGGAAAAGAUGGUGAAGGAAGUUCUGGAGUUAGCAAAUUUGAGGAUGAAAAUGAUGAACAAGAGAUGAAAUUUGUGCCUCAUGAACCACUUCUUCAUACCAAUGGAUUUGGAGUUCCCUUGCUCAUGCACCAGGUCCCUGUGAUUGUAAUGCAAAGAGUUGGAGUGAUGGCACAACCAACAGCAUAUGUAGAAACAGUUGUUCAUGAAAGGUUGAAAAGUGUAAGAAUCACAUGGAAUCAUGCAGGAAGGGAUGUUUCUAUUGUUGGAUCAUGGAACAACUGGGAAACCACGGAGGCUUUGCAGAGAGUAGGUCAACAAUUUGUGAUUGUUAAAACACUACCAAUAAGUAUUUAUCAGUACCGUUUCAUUGUGGAUGGUUAUUUCACACAUGCUCCUGAUUUUCCAUCACACCUGCAUCAUUCUGGUUAUGUCUACAAUAUAUUGGAUUUGCAGGAUUAUAUCCCAGUAGCAAGAUCUGAUACUGAAGAACCUUCAUCUCCACCAUCGAGUUACGAUAACAUAUUGUUAAAUGAAGAUGAAUUCAAUAGGCCUCCCCCGGAAUUACCACCACAACUUCCAAUGUCAAUAAGACAAGAAGAGGCUUCGACGAGCAAUUCAGAUCAAGUGGCUACGAAUAUGAUCACACAUCUUGAACUUAAUCAUCUAUACAUGCAUAGAUCUGAAGGGGAUCAAUUUGUGGCGCUACGAUCGACUAAUAGGUUUCAACACAAAUAUAUCACUACAGUACUCUACAAGUCAUUGCACUGAGAAGGAUGAUGCAGCAGUUUGUUUUUUUAUAUGCUAUUGAAUUUGCUUAAGAUUAAGUGGUUAGUUCUAUGACAACAUUUUUUAAGGUCAUUAAUCUGAUAUGUAGAAAGUAAUUGGAGUAGGUAAUUUAUAAGAAUUUCUUUUCAUGUAAACAACUCUAGAAAUAUUGUUAUUUAUUGUGGCAGUUAAUAUAUAUAAUACAUAUUCAUAGCA